CUACCAUUUAUUUCUGUAUAAAUGUUUUUGUUCUGAAUCCUAACAUCUUUUUCAGAGGAACCCUUUUCAAUCUCCAAGUUCGGGAUACUCCUGUCCUUCCUAUUUCUUGGGAGCCAGCUGUGGAGUGGCUACAACAUGCUGGAAUUCUGCGUCACCACCGCUAUCGAGUACAAAGUGACCUGUCUGCGUGGUAACCACUGUGUAAUCUACGGCAUCUUCAUCAGCCACGUUGUUGUUGGUGUGCUCGACACAUUGUCUGCUAUUGUCAAGUGCAAGAAGAGUGUCCGGUGCUUCAACACUGCCUACUACUUGCUGAACCACCCAAACCCUUCUGUGUCUCGACUUCCUCUAGCCACCUUCACCAUCAUUGCCUUCAUUGCCUUGCUCGGUCUAAGGCUUGUGAUAAACCAGUACUUCCACGCGUACCCUCAUCCUCUCUUCUACUAUGGCUAUUACUUUUCCUACUUUGUUCCCAUCGUGUCCCUUAAUCUUGUAGCGGUUUUUGCUCUUGUUGCAGAAAAAGCUUACAGACAGGUGAAUCAUGAUUUGAAAACAAUGUGUGAUGAAAAGCACCAAUCACUAUUUAACCACAACCGCUUGCGGUACCUGGCGAUGAAACACGAUCGAAUCACAGAUUUUGUAGAUGAGAUCUCCUCCUGUUAUGGUUUAGAUAUUUUACUGGGCAUGUUCGACUGCUUCUUGCAGUUUGUUUUGUUCCUUUACCUUGCGAUUUGGACACUACUGGUGGAAGGAUUGUUCAAUUCCUACCACAAUUGGUUCAUCCCAUACAUGUCCUCAUUUGUUGAAAUUUUCACUAUAAUGUUUAAGAUUGUUUACCUGUGCUACAGAUGUCAGAAAACUACAUAUCAUGGUGCCCUGACUUUGUCAUAUCUCCAUCGACUUAGCACCCGUAGAGAUCUCUGCUCUAAAAGUCUCCAACAGAUUUCUGUGUUUGUAAUGCAGCACCACAGUCGCACAAUAGAGAUAACAGCUCUUAAACUGUUUACACUCAACAUGGGACUGUUAUUUAAGGCAAGUAGUAUUAUUGUACUCUUAUAAAAUUCCACAAGGGUAAACUUGUUAUUACAAUUCACUUUCAUUCUAGCUUUCUCUCAGAAUAUAGUUAAACAUGGAUAUCCUAAAGAAAUUGAUAAAUUAAGCUUAUAUAAUUUUAUAUAUCAUAUAAUGUAAGGCAAACACUUUAUUCCAACACACAACAAAUUCAGAGGUUAAUCUGAGAAUUUUGCUGGUUAGUUGACUGUGGACUUUUUUGAUGGGUUUUAUAACAAAAUUAUUAAAUGUACGUUUGAGUGCAAGGCAAAAUUGUCUAAUUUGUCCAUGCUUUCUUUAUAUGGUUUGACUCAAUCUAUUUAACUUGGUAUUAUCUAUCUGUGCUGUGUAUCCAAUUUUACUACAUCAUUAUCAACUUUUUAUAAAAAUGUUCAAAUAGCAUGAAAUUGAGCAAAAUAUAUGUUAUGAAAUUUCUAUUCCUUCACCUAUUCUGAGGAAAAUAUUACUAAUGAUGAUAUAUCACUGUUUAUUAUAACCUAUUAUGUACAACUAUUCUAGUGCUCUAUUUAGGUCCUUAUAAACUACUUCAACCUUUCUGCCCCAGAACACCUCUCAAACCUGUUGCAAUUUUUAGUUUAGAAACCACAGUCAGUCAACAAUUACACAUUGUAUUA